GGCCAUCCACAUCCUUUUCCCAAAUCAAGAAAAAGAAAUCUUCUAUGUAUUCUCGUCUUGGAUACUUAGAACGAACAAUGAUCACAAAACGGAUUUCUGAAAGGGAUGAUAAGUGUGGGACCCUAAAUUUAACCGAAAUCUUUUCCCACCUCACAAUCUACCUUCUAUGCCCAUCACAAUCCAUGUAGAAAAAGAAAACCAAGAAAAAAUUAUAUCAAAAAACAAAGAAGACAAGCAGAAGCCAUGGUUGCUCAAGCAGCAGCAAUGACAACUUCAUCAUCACAUCUUCUCUUCACAAGCUCACGUUCUCUUUCCCGCCUAUCUCCUUUCCAGUUAUGUGUCUUUGACUCAAAAACACUCGUGUCAUACCCCAACAUCACUAUUACUUCAAGAAAAAUUAAACAUGGUGGAGGUGGUGGUGGGCUUGAGUGCAUGGCUGUCAACACAGCCUCUAAGGCUGAGACAAAGAAGAGUAGGUUUGAGAUUCAAACACUCACUGGUUGGCUGCUGAAUCAAGAACAAGCGGGUGUUAUUGAUGCUGAACUCACUAUUGUGAUUUCUAGCAUUUCAAUGGCAUGUAAGCAGAUUGCUUCUUUGGUUCAAAGAGCCAGCAUUUCUAACUUAACUGGAGUUCAAGGAGCUGUUAAUGUUCAAGGAGAAGACCAAAAGAAGCUUAACGUGGUCUCUAAUGAGGUGUUCUCUAGCUGCUUGAGAUCAAGUGGGCGCACAGGUAUCAUAGCAUCAGAGGAAGAGGAUGUGCCAGUGGCAGUGGAGGAGAGUUACUCUGGAAACUAUAUAGUGGUUUUUGACCCACUUGAUGGAUCCUCCAACAUUGAUGUUGCAGUGUCUACAGGUUCUAUCUUCUGGAUAUACAGCCCAAAUGAUGAGUGUCUUGCUGAUAUUGGAGAUGAUCCCGCUCUUGACCAGUCGGAACAGAAGUGUGUUGUGAAUGUUUGCCAGCCAGGAGAUAACCUUCUUGCUGCUGGCUACUGCAUGUAUUCAAGCUCAGUGAUUUUUGUGCUCACUAUUGGAAAAGGCGUGUUCGCUUUCACCUUGAAUCCAAUGUAUGGAGAAUUUGUUUUAACUCAAGAAAAUAUCCGGAUUCCAAAAGCUGGAAAGAUUUAUGCAUUUAAUGAAGGAAACUACGAAUUAUGGGAUGACAAUUUGAAGAAGUACAUCGAUGACCUUAAAGACCCUGGUCCGAGUGGCAAGCCCUACUCUGCUUGAUACAUUGGAAGCUUGGUUGGCGACUUCCAUCGGACGCUGCUGUAUGGUGGCAUUUAUGGGUACCCCAGAGACAAAAGGAGCAAGAAUGGGAAGCUGAGGCUUUUGUAUGAGUGUGCACCGAUGAGCUUUAUAGUGGAACAAGCUGGCGGGAAAGGUUCAGAUGGGCGUCAGAGAGUGUUGGAUAUCACACCUGCUGAGAUACACCAGCGCGUUCCGCUUUACAUUGGGAGCGUGGAGGAAGUGGAGAAAUUAGAGAAGUAUUUAGCUUGAUUAAAAUGAAAAAAAAAAAAAAACAAGAGUAAUUUUGUUCUGUGAAGCUAAAUGUUAUCAUUGGCCAUGGCAGUUUCUCAGGAAAUGCGCUCCUGGGUUAAGAACACAGAAAGUCAGUCGUGUCACAAAUGUAAAAUCAAUUUUUUAUCGCUUAAAAGUAAUGGAAGAUUGAAACUCAAUGUUAAGAAUC